CCACGAACAACCUCUAGAACAAUAUCGGAUGAGCAUGACUCGGCAACGCAAUUCAGCUGCGUGCGAUGCGUGUCGGGCGAGAAAAGUAAAAUGUAUGGUGUCAGAUGGACAAUCCAAGUGCUCCACAUGCACUGAGCUGGACAUUCACUGCGCAAGUGUUCAGCCGAGGAAGAAGCGGGGCCCGAAAAACCGAUACGUUCAGACAUUGCGAAAUGAGCUUGAUGGCCGAAGCGGGGAAAGAUCAUUGAGCCUGGAGGCGCUCGCACCAUUCGAGCUCAUACAGCAGCUCGUCGCCGACUGGUUUGGAUGGAUCCAUCCGGUGGCACCUAUUCUCCAGCAAGAUCAGUUCAUGCAACGACUGACAGAUAGUCAGGCAUCGCCUGAUAAUGUCUCAACUUCAUUCUUGCUCUUGGUCGCAUCCAUUGGCGCGGCAACAGUGGCUAGCUUACGCCGAAGACGGCAUCUCUACACCAAUGUGACGGUGGAGUCUUGUCUAGACUUUGCGGAUCGCUUAGGGGUGUGGAGCCCCAAUGCCGCAAUCACUGUGGAACGGAGCAUUGCUAUGUACAACUUCGGCAGUGCGCUGCACCAUGAGCACGGUAUAGAUUCACCGCUGUCGCAUCGGCUGAUCACCGAGGCAGCAAUGAGCGUCAAAUACUUGAUCCAUCAGUCGAUCGACACGUUGUCUUUCAUGGAUGCUCAAAUCUUGAAGCGCCUUUACUGGCUGAUCUAUGCUGGGAAUUGCACAAGCGACAUGUAUGGGAGGCAGUUGCUUCUUCUGCGUCAAGCGCACGACCAGACAAAUACCUUCAUGCCUUUGGAGAUCUCCGAUGCACAAUUGCUGGACCAUGGCGACCCGUCUUCCUCCAACCGCAUUAGCAGUGAACACUCGUAUGUGCCAGGUCUGAACGCGCUGUCUCGCCUGUUCAUGGUCUGGCAAUCUAGCCAAGCCACCGCGACGCAGUGGAUGGAAAACCUGCAAGCGCACAUCGAACGCACCCACCGUUUAGUGGACAAUUUGCCACCGGAACUAAGCUGGAAAGGAAGUCACAUCAACGGCGGUUUCGGCUUCAAUGUGCAAACAGUCAAUCUGAAGAUCACACAACUGCAUAUUCGAUCAAACCUGCUUGAGCAGAUGAACAGCAUCGCUAAAGUGGAGGGCCUCUUGAUUACACCUCACGCCAUCAUUGAAGAAAGACACCGUGUGGUCGAUGAGCUGCUCGAUAUCCUGUAUCAUAUGCCAACAGAAGUUUUCGAUGCAAAUGGUUACAGCAUCAUACCCAAAAUCCGCGACAUCGGAAGCGCACUACUGGACGAGUUACGGACGGGCUCACACGGACGCACUCUACAAGCCAGCGUAAAUCUGGACAGGUUGCUGGCGAGGUUGGAAAAUCUUGAUUUGCGACCUGCAACUGCAACACCCUAUUUCUAA